GGUGUAUUAAUCGCAUAUUCUCCGAACAAUACGUUUUUUAAGUACAAUAAUUCUAUACCUGUGCAAAAAUGUUAACGCGCGCUGGACAGUUUCUUUCGAGAAAUGCUUUAUGCGGGAGACUUCCUUUAACUUCAGAAAAGCUUGCUUUGCCGGUUGUAAGCUACCGUAAUUAUCAUGUCGGAAGUCAGAAUGGCCAGCGUCACACUUUGUACAGCGCACACAAUGUCAGAUUGCACAGUAAAUUUACUGCACCUCUUUCGUCGGCGAUCCUGUUGAGGAACAUCAGUACCAACGAAGUAGACAAAAGUAUACUAGAAACAAUUCCGGACCCACCGGCGAUUCCAGAGCCUCCGGCCAUUCCGGCUGUACAGGAUAUAACAGACAUAGUUGCAGCCGGUGCAGAACCUACUUUCGCUUCUCUCGGCCUGGGAGGUUGGAGUCCAGUUGGAAUCGUACAGAACUGCAUGGAAUUUAUGCACAUUGGCUGUGAUUUACCUUGGUGGGGUUGCAUUGCAAUUGGUACGCUAUGCGUGCGGACAUUACUGUUCCCACUGGUCAUUGCCAGUCAACGCAACGCUGCCAAAAUGAACAAUAACAUGCCCCAAAUGCAACUUUUGCAAAUGAGAAUGACCGAAGCGCGACAAGCCGGGAAUGCAAUUGAUUCUGCUCGUUAUGCCCAGGAAAUGGUCCAGUUUAUGAAGGAGAAAAAACUUAACCCGUUGAAGAAUAUGCUGGUUCCUUUGGCACAGGCACCAAUUUUCAUUUCAUUUUUUAUGGGACUACGGCAGAUGGCGAAUGCUCCGGUGGAAUCCCUACGGGAGGGAGGCCUGUUCUGGUUCAUGGAUUUGACCGUAUGUGACCAGUUUUAUAUACUACCGAUAAUAACCAGUAUGACCAUGUUUCUGACCAUCGAGCUGGGAACGGACAGCGCUCGGAUGUCGGGUCCCAACAUGCAAACCGUGAAAUACGUUCUGCGGGCAAUGCCGCUGUUUAUAUUUCCCUUUACGAUCAACUUCCCGGGAGUCAUUCUCUGCUACUGGGUGUGCAGCAAUUUCUUCUCGCUGGUGCAGGUUGGUUUUCUAAGAAUUCCGAAAGUGAGAGAUUUCUUCAAAAUCGAUCGACUGGUACAUUUCGCGCCCGAAGCGUUGCCGAUCAAGAAGAAAAAGUUUACCGAAGGUGUCAAAGAGUCAUGGUCAAAUAUGAAAAUCACGAGAGAACUUCAAGAGCGAGAACGGAUUGACGAAAUUAGGUUCCAAAAAGCUGGUAAAGGCCCGCUGGUGAAAACAUACAAAUAUGAUCCGACCGCUGCUAGACCUACGCCAGCCAAUACGAUCAACGCAAAAAAGCGGUAAUCGCUUAUUUAAUGUGAGUUCGGACUGAACACAACCAAUGUCUUAAUAUUUAAAUAAAA